UAAUGAUUAUUAAAAUUAUUAAUGUUGGAACUAGUUCUGCUGAACUGAUGUUUUCGUUGCGCAUGCAGCCCUGCGCAGAUAUGCAAGGUUUAUGUGUGAAAAAGAUUAGAGGACAGCGUACAGCAAAUUAAUUAGGCACUUUUAAUACAUAAUAAUGGCCGAAUUGGUGAAAGACUGGCUGUCGGACUAUCAACGCGCACGCCGUCAGCCGGCGGACUCCGAGGCAUUCGUGGUCGAGCAUGAAACAGAUCCCGAAAUUGCCGAGGCCAUCUUCACAAUAUUCAGCGACAGGCAGCGAAACGAGGAUCUGAUCCAUGACAUUUGCCAGCAGCUGCUGGCCUUCUAUCGGGCGCCGGAGGUGACGCUGCACAAGUUUCCAUUGCAAUUCCUGCCAGUGCUGAUCUACACAUACCUGCACGCAGUCGCGGCCGGCGACAAGAAGGCAUCACGCGGCGUCGAAACGCUGCUCAUAUGCAUUUAUAAUGGCGAGGUGUCCACCGACGAUGGCGGCCAGAAGGUGUUCGCGUUUCGCAUGCCCAUCCUGGCACAGGCCUCCGUUUAUCACGAGGUCAAGCAGCUGCCCAUGACCGAUCUGCGGCGCUGGGAGGAGAACUGCAAUCGCGAGGUCAAAUGGGGACCACAUUUGCGCAUCGAAUCGAUAAAUGCCCAGAACAGGAUGCGCAUCAUGGCGGCGCUGCUCUUCUGCUACAAUCAGCAGGUCAACCUCACGCAGAAGUCGUCGCUGCUGCAUCUGUGCCGUGUUGCCUCACAGCUGGUCAACCAGGGAUUUACCACCAAGUCUGGACAUGGACAUCGCAUGAGCUAUGGCUCCGAUCCAGCGACGGGCGCCACAUUUCCCAAGCCCUCGUCGCCGCGCAUACCGCUCUCUGCGUCCUUCCUCAUCGAGCUGGUGCAUGCCAUCUACUAUGCCAUGUUCAAUGGCUUUGGCACCGUUGCCAUACAGACCCUGGAGGAUAUACACAAUCGUGCCAGCUACGAAAUGUUUACGGAACUGAUUCUAGUCACAAACGCCGUGCGCAAUUCGCUGCAUGCGAAUCCCUCUGGUCAGCCAAAUGAUGGGCCCAUGGGUCUCAGUAUUGCACUGACACCGGCUACAAAUACGGUGACGACCUCCGUCUCGAAAUCGAUGAUCACGAAUGCUUCAUUCCGUACGAAAAAGUUGCCCGAUGACAUUCCCAUACAAGUGCAGGAUCUCACACAGCCGCAGGGGACGCAGCAUCUGGCCAGCGUAAUGGAGGAAACGGAACCGACUGUCAAGGAAUCGCCGUCAACCAAGGAGAGCAGCGGCACACGCACUUCCAUCAUCAGGCCCAGCAUGGAGGGCAUUAAAGCGCAGGCCCACAAAGCGCUCGGCUUCAAAAAGUCGAAGGACAAGGAGAAGGAGAAGGAUAAGGAACCGCCAAAACCACCGCAACGUAAAUUUGACAAGCACACGCAGCGCAAUUCGCUGCUGCAGCUGCAGACGCCGGACACCGGAAUCGACUACGACAAGAGUCCGUUGACCGUCAGCAAGUCGAAGACAUACGAUGCCGUUGCCGAGCCGCAACCCACCGACAUGCUGCCGCUGCAGACGCUCUCGCUGAUCAAUGAGAAUGGCAGCAACAGCUUCAGCAUGGAUAGCGACAUGAACGACGGCAUCGCCAUCCUGGCCGGACCAGGCAGCGGCGUUGCUGCAUCGCUGAACAGCAAUACGACUUCCGUGACGAGCAGCGAUGCGCUGAUCAAAAGCUUUGAUUCCAGCAUCGAAAUGACGGCCAUGGGUCACAGCAACAGCAACGGCGGCAAGCUGACCGACCAUGGUCUGGAUUAGUACGUGCCCAACAACAAACCGAUUAGCCAAAUUCAAGUAUAUUUAUUACGAUUACUCUACCUACAUAUAUAUAUAUAUAUAUACAUAUAUAUUCGCACGUUACCUCCUCGGUAUUAACUGACGAACAAAAAGCGUUUGUAAGAUUUGGAGCCCGGGCUACGUUGGGGCGGUUUUUUGAACGGGAAAAUUGAACGCAAUUUUGAAUAAUUGUUGAAUAAUUAAUAUUGUCACAUUAAGUUGUUCCGUAUUGUAUUCUAAUUGUUGCUAAAAAUGUACAUUACCAAUUAUGUAAUUAUCGUUUAGAUUUAAGCGUUUAAAGUCCUUCACCCACUAAACUAACACACUUAUAGCCAAGUUAACAGUUGUGCAACCAGAAAAUAUGCUAAACAAAAGCAUUUCAUAAUGAAUUUAGUAGUGCAACUAACUCAAAAUCUGUCUAAUGUAAAGUUAUCUAGACUCUGGUAUGAUGGGUUAAAUAUAUACAUGUUAAGCAAUAUGAAAACUAAA